AUGGCGAGCAGACAGAAUGAGGAGUUCAGUGUGAAGGCCGGCCAAAUCGUGGGCCAAGCACAAGUCAGUGGUCUUGUUCAAUUUUUCCUUUACUUUAAAAGUAAGAAGUGUAAAGUGAAGAAAUCUGAUGUUUUGAAUCAGGCGAGGAGAGAGGAUUGCCAAGUGGAUAGCACAACCUCUUCUCAAGCAUCAGGCUUUCUCCAGCAGAAAGGGGAGAAAGUGAAGAGCAUGGCGCAAGGAGCAUCAGAGGCAGUGAAGAACACAUUAGGGAUGAACACUGACAACAACAAUGAUUACAAGAACAAGAACCCUUUGGAUAGGAAGAACCCUAACAACACAACCUGUCCAAGCAUGCCUGGUCAUCCUCCUUCCGAUAUUUAA